GCGGUGCACGUGCCCGGAAGUGCUGCCAGUGAGGCGAAGGAGGCGAUGGCGGGGGAGCUGGAGCGCUGGGUCUCCGGGCAGCUGCAUACUUUGCUGGGCCUCAGCGAGCGGCAUGUGGUGGCCUUCCUGGUGGGCCUGGCCACCCGAAGCCGCACUCCCGAGGACCUCCUCGCCCGCCUCGAAGAGACCGAGACCCUCCGCGUGAGCGACCCGCCCGCCCGCGCCUUCGCCCAGCAGCUGUGGGAGCGGAUUCCCCGCCAGGCACCGCGAGAGCGCCCGGCCAGAGCAGCAGAGCAGGAGGCCUUGGCCUUGCAGCAGAAGAACCGCUCUUACACUCUGCUGGAGGACAGUGACGAGGAUGAGCCUGGCGAGGCAAAAGCAGCCCGGGGCUCCAAGCGUCAACAUCCUCCGCGGGGCCCUGAAGGCAAACAGCGGAAGCGACACAAACACCUGCGGCAGCGCCAGAAAGAAGAGGACGAUGACAAAGACUCUGACGAGAAGGACAGUGGAGGAGACAGGGAACGGAAACAGGCUGCAUCCACCAUGAAGGAGGAAGAAGAAGAGGACGAGUGGGAUCGGAGUGAGCGAGAGCGGUUGCAGGACUUGGAAGAGCGGGAUGCCUUCGCAGAGCGUGUCAAACGCAAGGACAAGGAGAAGACACGCAAUAUCCUAGAGCGUUCAGACAAAAAGGCCUACGAAGAAGCUCAAAAACGUCUGAAGAUGGCAGAAGAGGACAAGAAAUUAAUGGUUCCAGAGCUGCGGAAGAAGUCUCGCCGGGAUUAUUUGGCCAAACGGGAAAAGGAUAAGAUAGAGGACUUGGAAGCAGAGAUAGCAGAUGAUGAAUACCUGUUCUCUGAGCAGGAGCUCACAUCCUUGGAGAAACAGGAGCUGGAUUACAAACGCAAAGUGCGUGACUUGGCGAAGCAGUACAAACAGGCCGGAGAGCAGGAGAAGAUGGAGAAGAGCAAUCGCUACUAUAUGCCUGAGGAAACUCGCAGCAAGAAAAUCCCCGAUCGUUAUGAGGAGCCCCAGGCGGAGGAUCAUUUGGCCCCACGUGAUGAGCAGCGGCGCUGGGAGGAAGACCACAUUGGGGCAGCGGCCCUCCGCUUUGGGGCUCGGGAUGCUGGCCAGCGCCAUCCUCACAAAGACUAUGAAUACGUGCUGGAAGAGGAUGAGAUGAUCCAGUUUGUGAACGCUGUGCAGAUGAGGGGCACGAGUCAAAACAAGGCCCAGGAAGAGAAGCCGGAGCUGUCGGAGGCUGAGCGCAAGAAGCUCUCCAUCCAGGAGGUGCGCCGGAGCCUGCCUAUCUUCCCCUACCGCAAAGAUCUUCUGGCUGCCAUUGCCGAACACCAGAUACUCAUCAUUGAAGGGGAGACCGGCUCUGGCAAGACCACUCAAAUCCCCCAGUACUUGUUUGAAGAGGGCUAUACAGAAAAAGGAAUGAAGAUUGGCUGCACCCAGCCCAGGCGAGUGGCGGCUAUGAGUGUGGCUGCUCGGGUUUCCCAGGAAAUGGGCGUUAAGCUUGGAAAUGAAGUGGGCUAUAGCAUCCGGUUUGAGGACUGCACCUCAGAGCGGACAGUGCUGAAGUACAUGACGGAUGGGAUGCUACUAAGAGAAUUCCUCACUGAACCUGACCUCAGCAGCUACAGUGUCGUCAUCAUCGAUGAGGCUCACGAGCGCACUCUGCACACAGACAUCCUCUUUGGGCUGAUCAAGGACAUUGCUCGUUUCCGGCCGGAGCUGAAGGUGCUGAUUGCCAGCGCCACCCUGGACACGGAGCGCUUCUCCACUUUCUUUGAUGACGCUCCCAUCUUCCGCAUUCCUGGGCGCAGGUUCCCUGUUGACAUCUUCUACACCAAGGCUCCGGAGGCGGACUAUCUGGAGGCCUGCGUAGUGUCAGUGCUGCAGAUUCAUGUCACUCAGCCUCGAGGAGACAUCCUUGUCUUCCUCACUGGACAGGAAGAAAUCGAGGCCUGCUGUGAGAUGCUGCAGGAUCGCUGCCGCCGUCUGGGGUCCAAAAUCGCAGAACUCUUGGUUCUCCCAAUCUAUGCCAACCUCCCCUCUGACAUGCAGGCCAAGAUCUUUGAGCCAACCCCACCAGGAGCCAGGAAGGUAGUUGUCGCUACAAACAUUGCAGAGACCUCUCUGACCAUCGACGGCAUCAUCUACGUGAUCGAUCCUGGCUUUUGCAAGCAGAAGAGCUACAACGCUCGCACAGGCAUGGAGUCGCUCAUUGUCACUCCCUGCUCUCGGGCUUCGGCCAACCAGCGAGCAGGGAGGGCUGGCCGGGUAGCUGCGGGGAAAUGCUUCCGCCUCUACACAGCCUGGGCCUACAAGAACGAGAUGGAAGAAACCACGGUGCCAGAGAUCCAGAGGACCAACUUGGGCAAUGUGGUGCUGCUUCUGAAAAGCUUGGGCAUUAAUGACUUGAUCCACUUUGACUUCAUGGACCCACCGCCACAUGAGACUCUGGUCCUGGCACUGGAACAGCUCUACGCCUUGGGGGCCCUCAACCAUCUUGGUGAGCUGACCAAGCUGGGCCGGAAAAUGGCGGAGCUCCCAGUGGAUCCUAUGCUCUCCAAGAUGAUCCUGGCUUCUGAACAGUACAAGUGUUCAGAGCAGAUUCUCACCAUUGCCGCCAUGCUUUCAGUCAACAAUGCCAUCUUCUACCGGCCCAAGGACAAAGUGGUCCAUGCCGACAACGCUCGCAUGAAUUUCUUCCUGCCCGGUGGAGACCACCUUGUUCUUCUCAAUGUUUACAGUCAGGUAUGGAAGGAACUUGCAGAUCUGGGGAGUCUGGAAAUGGGGCCAAGAGAAGAUGGCUGGAACCUUUUAGCCAUCGAUUUCUGUUAAACUUCAGGCUUGCUUAAGAAGACUGUCUCACCAAC